UACAAUUAAUGAAUUUGUGUUUACCUUUUGUACAUAUGUACAUCACAUUUUUAUUUUAAUAUUUGAAAUAUACGAAACGUUUUUUUAAGUAUUGAUUAUUUAGUGUGUUGUAAUAUAGUAAAAUGACGUUAAUUAUAUGUGAAAAGGAGAAAUGAUGAUCGUCUUUUUUAUCACAUAUUGCUUCUUUUUAUAUUCAAAGAAACUUAUUAAGGUAAGCUCAAUAAUUUAUGACUCAAAGCCAACAUGAAUUUAUGAAGAUCAUACAUAAAUGAAAGUAUCAAUAUGGGUUUCUAAGUUAUUAAAUUAUCAUUAGAUGUUUAAUUAUCAUGCUUAAUUUGACUGUUACAACAUUGACUGCCAUAGUGUUAAUACUUUUUUCAGUGUCUUAAGUAUAUAAUGUUUUUAUGCAUAUAUCAUAUACUUUUGUAUUUUAGAUUACAUAGCCUAUAUUGUGUAUAUAUAAAUAAAGAUAUGCUUGUAGACCACAGGUGAUUUUCAUAAUAGAUGAAUGCAAAUUAGUAGUAGCCCAUGUAGUCUCUUAGAAAAUAUAAUUGUGAAUCAUUGUUGAUUUAUAUAUUAAUCAAUAUGUUAAUAGCUAAUAAUUAGGAUGUUUACCACUAUGUGAUGCAUCUAAAUAACAUAAUAAUCUUUAAAUUUUCUCAUUUUAUUUAGCAUUCUUAAUUAGCUUGGUUGGAUGUAUGCUUAAUUACAUAAUCUUGGUAUUGAUUUAUUUGAUUAACUAUCAGGAUUUAUAAGUAUUUUCAUAGACAUAAUAUAUAUUACUAACAUUUCAUGAUAUAAGAGAUUAAGAUAGAAAAAGAAUAAUUGCAAUUUGUAUUCAAUAACAAAAUGUUGUAAUUAGAAAUAUAUAAUAGAAAUAUAACAAGUAUAGAACACUACAUUUUAAGAAGUGUUUAUAUGUAGAAGCAGCGUACUAUUAAAUUAACAGUUAUAAUAUUGAAAUAUAAAUAAUGAAGAUGGGAUUUUAUUAACAAAAAGUGCAGUUGUAUGUAUGGAUACAUUUAUUACAAUGACAAUCAAAACGAUGAAAAGAAAUGUCAACGUUUGGACCCUAUUGAAACAUAUAAUUUAUUAAACGUAGAUAAUACUUACGUAGAUUUCAAUAUUCCAUACUAUGGAUGGAAGCUAUUUUUUUCUGAUGAAGUUUAUAAAAAUGACUCUGAUACUGUUAAAAAAAUACAAAUAGUAGAAAGAUUUAUAAAUAGACAUCAACGAUUGUCAACAUUACUUUCGUUGGAAAAUUUAGAAAAUGGCAUAAUUUUUAUUAUUGACAUAUGUGAAUUAUACAAUGAUAAAAUUUUUAUGGAUGAAUGGUCUGAUUUUAAGAAAGAUAUAUAUGAAAAUCCAUUGCAUAUCUUAAAUUCUUUUAAAUUGGCUAUACAUCAGCAAAUUUUAAAUACAGUACCACGAAAAAGUCUAAGUUCUGCAAAUAUUAUAAGUACACUUUCUACUGUUAGAAUAAAAAUAUUAAAUUAUCAACCGAUUAUGUGUUUGCAAGAUUUGAAAGCAAAUUCUUACGGGAGAUUAGUAUCAAUUAGAGGCUGUGUAAUAAGAGUAGGCCACAUAAAACAUCUUGCGCAAUGGAUUAUGUUCGCUUGUCGUAAAUGUAAUUUACAGAAAAUAGUGAAACAGCCAUUAGGAGUUUAUACAGUUCCAAGAAUAUGUAAUACAUGUGGCAUGUCUAAAUUUCGUGUGAUAUUAGAUUCAUCAUUGGUGAAAAGUAUCUCAUUUCAAACAAUUAAAAUACAAGAACUUUUAAAUAACGAUCAGAACAGUAAAGGAAGUAUGCCUAGAAUGAUUGACAUCGAAUUAAUGGAUGACUUAGUCAAUACUUGUAUGCCUGGAGAUGAUAUUACUUUAACAGGAAUUAUAAAGGGUAAUAAUAAUGCAAAGCCUCGAAAUAAGAUCUCAUUUUCUUUGUACAUGGAAGCUAUUACGAUAAUUAAUAAUAAACAAAGACUUCAGGAUAAAAAUAUCAUAAAUAAUGAAAUGUCGAUAAAGGAUUAUUUAGCAAUAAAGGAGGUAUAUAACACACCAAAUAUUUUUCCGCUGUUGGUACAUUCCUUAUGUCCAAGUAUAUAUGGUCAUGAAAUUGUCAAGGCCGGACUGAUGUUGAGCUUAUUUGGUGGAAAUGUAGAAAACUCAGAAUCACGAGAAAAUAUUCAUGUAUUAGUAGUUGGUGAUCCUGGUCUUGGAAAAUCGCAAAUGUUACAAGCUUGUGAGCGAAUUGCUGUCAAAGGUGUAUAUGUGUGUGGAAAUUCAAGUACAUCUUCUGGUUUGACAAUAACGCUAACAAAAGAAAAUAAAAAUAAUAAAUUUAAUUUAGAACCAGGAGCAUUAGUUUUGACAGAUAGAGGCUGUUGUUGUAUUGAUGAAUUUGACAAAAUGCAUAAACAACAUUCGGUUUUAUUAGAAGCUAUGGAACAACAAAGCGUAAGUAUUGCUAAAUCGGGAAUAAUAUGUUCUCUUCCUGCUAGAGCAUCAAUUCUCGCAGCUGCUAAUCCAAUUGGUGGUCGAUUUAAUAGAACUAAAACAGUACUGCAAAACUUAAAAAUGAGUGUCCCCCUCUUGUCACGUUUUGAUCUAAUAUUUUCAUUAUUAGAUGAACCGAAUAAGCAUAUAGAUGAUUUAUUAUGUAAUCAUGUUAUGUCAAUUCAUGGUGAUUUCAACACAACUAAUAGUGUGCAAAGUAGUACAUCUCAACAUAUAAAUAUACCACAUACAACUAAACUUUCAUUAAGAGAUAGACUGAAAGUUCCUAUAGCAGAAAAUACGAAUAUCAUUCCACAGUCAAUUCUCAGAAAAUAUAUUGCGUAUGCACGGCAAUAUGUUAAGCCGAAGUUAACUAAAGAAGCAGCUAACAUAUUACAAAAUUAUUAUUUAGAGCUCCGAGAUCAGAAUAAUAAAGUUGGUGGUUUAUCUGUCUGUAAUAGACAAUUAGAAGCCAUGAUACGAUUAACAGAGGCUAGAGCAAAAUUGGAAUUACGUACAGAGGCAAUAGAAACAGAUGCUUUGGAUGUGAUAGAAAUUUUACAACAUACGUUUGAUGACAAAAUUACAAAUUGCCAAUCCUUAAGUACAAAAAAUAUAACUAAUCGAAAAAUUAAAGAAUUUAUAAAGAUACUAAGAAAAGAAGCAGUUUCUAACAAUAGUAAGAUAUUUUCUAUGAAAAGAUUGCGUGAAAUCGUAUCGGAUAAGAAAAUUUUGAUGGAUGACUUCUCUGAAUUUAUUGCGAAAUUAAACGAAAACGGCAUUUUAUUGAAAAUGGAUAGUAAUACGUUCAAAUUUAUUUCUUUAGAUUAAGUAUAUAUAUAAUGUUUAUUACAUUAUUUCAUUGUGUUUCUCGAGAUCUAAGUAAUUUAUGUUGUUACACUAAUUUUAUGACACUGUAAUUGUAAUAAACAACACAUAAUAUUUGUAUUAAUGAUUAGCAUCAAAUGCUGUGAUAUGAUGAUGUUUUUCAAAAUUAUUAUAAGAUUGUACUACAAUAUUACAUUUGGCAUUAUUGUUGAUAAUAUAAAAUAAACAAAUUUACAUUACAUUACAUUAUAUUAUCUGUUAGUUUUCACACGUUUUUACACUUCAAAACAGUCAGCUUUACACGGGAGACGCCAAUACAGGUACAGACAGCAUCUUGGUUUUGGUUUAUGAAAACAACCAGGUCUGCGACAAGGUCUUUUGGGGAUAUAUAUCUUUGGUUUUGAAGCACGUGCUGGAGGUAUAGUAACCUUGCAAAAUCUGUGUAAUAAAAUUCUCUUAUGCCUUGUUUUUUUUAACAUGUAUAAACGAUUAUAUAUUUCAUUUACAUAAUUAUAUAGUGUCAUAUGUAAUAUAUAAAUAUAUACAUAUAUAUCUAAGAUUCUGCUGCUAACCAAAGUAUAAAAUACAUUUAUUAUUGAUAUCCAAGUUAGCAUAGUAAUUGUUCCUAAUUUGUGCCGGACGGACAAAAACAACAUAAAUUUGUAUUCUCCUAACAUUGAAACAAUUCAAUUAAGACAUCGUGCUGUAACUCUAGUUAAACAUCGUGCAGCACAUGCAGGUGGACAGUAUGGAAUACAUUUCGGUGGGCAAGGUCCGCACGGCACUGGUGGCGUACAUAUCGUAAUUUUACAUGGUGGUGGGCAUGCUACACAAAUUGGUGGAACACAUGGGUAAGGUACACACGACGGACAAGAGGGUAACUG